AUGAAGAGAAAGUAGUGUGUUGGAGCAGGCUAUGAAUGGAGAAGAAGAAGAAUUUGAAGCAGCUCUAAGAAAGCUAAGAGGGAAACAUGCUGACAUUUCAUAUGAAAGGUCCACUAUACAAGAGUAUUUGACCAUUCUUCAAACGCUCCCCAAAGUCACCUUUGUAAACUUGUUCGACAGAUCCAAUUAUCGAGCUGUGAUUAUAUCUGUUGGGUUGAUGGCGUUCCAGCAGUUUGUGGGAAUUAACGGAAUUGUUUUCUAUUCUACUGAAAUUUUCAAAUCAGCAGGUUUUAAUCCUAGUCUGGGAACGAUACUUUUUGGCAUUUUACAGGUGGGAGUCACUGCAGGGGGUGCACUUUUGAUAGAUAGAACUGGUAGAAGACCCCUUCUAAUGAUGUCUGCGUCUGGCUUGCUGUUGGGGAAUCUACUAAUUGCAUUUUCAUUCUUUUUCAAGGCUCAUUCUGUGGCACUAACUCUGGUCCCCAACCUUGCUAUUCUUGGCGUUUUGGUCUACAUAGCCUUCUUUUCAAUAGGAAUGGGGGCAGGUCCUUGGCUCAUUAUGAGUGAGGUAUUUCCAUUACAUGUAAAGGGAUUAGGCGGAGGUUUAGUGACAUUGAUGAAUUGGUUUGGUUCUUGGGUUAUUUCUUACACCUUCAACUUUCUCAUGUUGUGGAGUUCACAUGGAACGUUUUUCCUAUAUGCAUUUGUUUGCCUACUUGCUACGAUCUUUAUCUACAAAAUGAUCCCUGAAACAAAAGGCAGAAGGCUCGAAGAAAUUCACGCUUCACUCAAUUCAUGAGCUGAAAGUAAUCAAGGAGGAAAAAGGAAUUUGAUUUGUAUUAAAAAUGCGACGCUUACAUUUGGCCUCGUAAUAUUUGGUCGAGUGAUAAUUUUUGAAGAAAUUGGAAGGAAUUGAAAGGAUGUUGCACGUCAACUAAGUCGUGUAUACUAGCAUUAAAGAAUCAAUACCACAAAAAAGGGAAAAAGAAUAGAAGAAUUAAAGAUAUCUUCUUCGAUUCACUAAAAUUAAUUAGAAUAAAUCAAAGUAAAGUUGUAAUACCCUUGUCAAUUAUAAAAUUGAUAGUGCUAAUUAAUUAUGAAAGAGGUGUUUUACA